AUGUCGGAGCCACACGGCGAUUCCAACUCCACUGGGGACUAUUUUGACAAUGCCUCAACCAGAGUCCAGGGCAGCUUCGUUUUCUCUGGACCCAUGUUUGUCAUUUUGAUGGUCAUGAUGGUGACUUUGGUUGUUGUGAUAGUUCUGGGCAACGCACUGGUCAUCUUGGCAUUCAAAGUGGACAAGAGUUUGAGAAGACAGUGCAAUUACUACUUCUUAAAUUUGGCAGUCUCAGAUUUUCUUGUUGGGGCAUUCUGCAUCCCAGUCUACAUUCCCUACAUCCUCACGGGCAGAUGGACGCUGGGUCGAGGACUGUGUAAGCUGUGGCUGGUCACCGACUACCUGCUUUGUUCUGCUUCCGUCUUCAACAUCGUGCUCAUCAGCUACGAUCGCUUCCUCUCAGUCACCAGAGCAGUAAGCUACCGUGCCAGACAGAGCAUGACUCAUCAAGCAAUAAUCAAGAUGAUUGCAGUCUGGGUGCUGGCCUUUGUCCUGUAUGGCCCAGCAAUCAUAUUCUGGGAGCUGGCAGUGGGCAGGAGCCGCGUGCCAAAGGAAGAGUGCUUUGCAGAGUUCUAUUACUCUUGGUACUUCUUAUUGAGUGCCUCUAUGCUGGAGUUUUUUUCUCCUUUCAUCUUUGUGGCUUUCUUCAACCUCAGCAUUUACCUCAACAUACGCAGGAGAAGACUCCACCACAGGAAAGCACAGCUACAGCUUCAAGUGAGUGAGCCUGCCUCAGCCCAGGGGGAAGGUAUCCCCUUGUCCCACAACUGGGGGUUUGGGAUAAAACUGCCCAUAAGAGGCUCUGUCAACUCCCAAAACUCUUCCCCCUGUCUUGGUAAACUAGAUCCCUCAAACAGCAGGACGGUCCAGCCUAGCCGUCUGUCCAGGGAUAAGAAAAUUGCUAAGUCCCUGGCUAUCAUAGUGUGUGUGUUUGCCAUCUGCUGGGCACCGUACACCCUACUGAUGAUCAUCCGCGCUGCCUGCAGAGGGCGAUGCAUCCAGCAUCACUGGUAUGAGGUCACCUUCUGGCUCCUGUGGCUCAACUCGGCUAUUAACCCUUUCCUCUACCCCUUGUGUCACAGUAGCUUCCGCAGGGCCUUUAGCAAAAUUCUCUGCCCAAAGAAGCAAACGACGUCACCUUCAUCUAUCCUACGUGACGGCCAGUGA